AUCUGCACGCGCUCUCUCUCUUUCUCUCUCUCUCUUUCUCCCUCGAGCUAUUUUCGCGUGUCUUCGGGAGCGAGUUCCCGGGAACGGUGAAAUAUGUGUCUAUGUCUACGUAUACGCGCGAUUCGAUAACGCUCGGCCACAAAAUAUGUCGGCGGGCACGACGGACCCGAGCGAGGCUGUCACGAGCGCAGAAUACACUCAUGAUGGUUACUUCGUCUGCGAGACCGACCGCAUCGACUUGUCGGAUCUGCAGCUGGACGACAACGAUGACUGGUUAUAUGUGCCUCCACAAUGCUCAGCUGAAUCUACAGUCCAGGAUCUAUAUGCCUGGCUGAAAACAGAGCCAGAAUUAGAUGUUCGAAAUAACAAAAAAUGCAUCGACACCAGAACAUUCACAAGACCUAAGAAACGAUCAGCUCGAAUGAGUUUUGAAUCAAUUUUCGAAGGAUUACCACCUGCUUUAAUAAAUAUACAGAAGCUACAAGAUGUGGAUAUUACGCACAUGGAAAAUAAAAAAUAUUUAUCUGCAAUAAUUGGAGAAAAAGAAUCUGUGCCACCAAUCUUAAAGCCAUGCAUCAAAACGACAAUGAAUAUUAUAUCUGACGAAAAUUCAGUAACAUCAGGACAAGAGAGCAUGGAAGCCUUUCUGAAUAUGUCACAAUCGAAAGGAAUAGAUUCAUUUAUAAAUUUAGAUGAGCCUGAGUUUAAUGAUUUAUUAAUGAAUGUAUCACAACCUUCUGUUUUAUUCAAAUCUUUUGUCACUUCAUCGAAUGAAUCUAUGUUCAUUAAUAAUGAUAUUGCAGCAACAAAUAAAAACAUUGCUCAAAACAAUGGCGAUGUAGAAGAAGAAUCAAGCGGUAGCAUUAAUAGUAUCAAUGAAACAAUAGUGCAAAGUAUCGAAAAUACGAUUACACAGGACAAAACAUAUUGCACAAAUGCUCUAAGCAACACCUUCUGCAAGGAGUUCGUUCAACUUGAUUUGAACGAGACAUAUAAUACUGGAGUUCCUAGUAGAACAUCAGCGUCAAGAUCGAGUCUUGAUAAGGGAGAGAUGGCUACUUUGUCUUCCACUUUCAUAACCGAGCCUAAUGCUAAUGCUACCUUCACGCAAUCACAAAAUGAGGAAAAUAUUGGCGUUAAAUUAUUGGAUACUACCUAUCUAUCCUCAGCGAAAAGCGCUGAAAAACCGAAUUCGCCUAUGUCGAUUGAUAGCGAUAUGUACAAGCCCACUAUGCACGUAAAUAAAGCGAAUUUGAAUAUAACAUGCAAUAUUCCGUCGGAUGAAACCGAAUCCGCGAUACUUUUUACACGCGAGACACAUGAAAAAGAAGACAUAUUGGAUAUGUCUUUCAAGGUGCCUACCUAUAAUCAAUCUACGCCAAUGAAUCCGAACAUGACGAAUGUAGCAUCAAAAUUUGCUGCGAAGCACCUGGACCAGUCACGGCCAUCUAUGUAUCCCACAUUAAAAGCUGCUACAUCAUUAAGGCGAGAAUUAUUAGCGGAGAUUCAACGAAGCGACGAGCGUAAGUUGGAUGCUACGUACAAUCAUAUCUCUAGCAAUCAUGCCAGCUUGAGGGACACCAAGAAUAUUCAGGUAGUCUGUAACGAGAAUGAGACUGAUGUUCUUCCGAAGAACAUUUAUCAUACCUAUAAAAAAACGAUGACGAUCAAUCAGUAUACAAGCCAGAACGAAACGGCUAUGAAUGCUCAAAAGGAAUUGCCAAUGGACCAACGUAAAUUUUAUACUUUCACAAAGAAAAGUAUUGAAAGAACUAACAAUAUCGCUGAUGAGAAUAUCAAGACACGUCCGAAUAUGGAUAGCACAUUUUGCAAACCUCUUCUUCCGAGAGCGCAACAAAAGAGGAACGUACCGAGGACAUUAUCGAAAUUACCGCAGUUUCUACAAAAAUCCAAUCCCAAUCUCGUAUCGAGUUCGCUGAAAGCCGCCGGCGGUGCACCUGCCGGUCGCACAAGUAUAUCCAGCAUAGGAUACAUUAAAGGUUCGCAACCCAAUAUCGUGCAGAACAUCACGGAGAAAUCGCAGCUGCCGAGCAAGCUGCAUCCAUAUGGAAAGAUGAAGAGCGGAUCUGAGCAACGGUUGCUCGAGGUUAAAAUAAAUACGAAUAGUCAAUUUCCGAUGAAAGGCACGACUGCCGGCUCGACGGAAAGUAUAGAAAGCACUCAGAGUAUACACAGCGCUCCUGAUUUGGAUGAUAGGCUUAGUACAUGUUCUGACAGCAGUAGCCAUAACUCGUGCACCAGACAAACGAUGAAUAUUGAACAAUUGCAUAAAUUAGUGCAAAUGCAGGAAGAGAGUUUAAAGCAGGACUCGGCGCCCAAACCGAACAGACAGAUUCUACAAAACACUUGGAUUGAUGAGAAAGCGGAUUUGCCUUCACCCAUUUUGAAAAAUGGAGUAGAAUAUAGCGAGACUGACAGACAUUUAAAUAUUGACUUAGGCAUAAAAUGUAGUUCCCCAAUAAUCGGUCCUACUGGGUCUAGUCAUGCAUUGAACAACGAUGGAAAUGCCGAGAGCAAUGGAGCAAAAACCAAUGAAACUGUAGUAAUUGAGAAGACAGAGGAUUUGAAUCAAGCAAUGCCUAAGAUUGAAAAUAAAACUCGGUUGAGACAGCCAACAAAUUGGAAUACUGGAAGCAAGCCAGCUGCUGUGAUAAGCGGAAUUCCUAGACCCGCAUCGCGUAUACCGGCUCUGAGAUUUGUCCGGCCAAAUGCGAAAAUCACUCAAGCCGAUUUGAGAAAGGGAUGCACAUGAAACGGUUAUGAACGGUAAAAAUAUAAAGAAAUCAGAAACAGACUUUUGCAAAUAUUUAAUCAAUGCAGAUAUUUAAUCAUAUUAGCAUGGCAAUUAGAAUAACAGGGAUAUUUUUAAUUCUGUUAAGUAGUAAAGUUUCUCGAAGCUGAUAAAAAUUCAGUAUUAUUGAGCUUCCAAGUUGGAAAUGAUAAAAAUUAUUAUUAAUAAUAUUUGCGUGUUGUUUGUAUUCAGUUUAUAAAAUUAGUAAUAUAAAGUCUCAUAUUAUUACUCCUAUUUAAUAUAUAUAUAUAUGUAUGCAUUUUUUUUAUGAUUCGAAGCAUAAUUAUCUUUCUUAUAAACAUUGAAGAUAUUUCUAUUAUUACACAAACUUGUAAAAUAUUUCAAGAAUUUGUCUAUUGAUUGCUAAGUAACAUACAAAAAACGCGAUUCAUGAGUAAAAUUAUUUAAGUCACAAAUUUUAUCGUUGCCAAAAUCAAGAUUUCAAGAUCUAGAUCAUAUUGUUAUUGUUUGUAAUUUCUAUAUGAUGUAGAAAUUGAAAUUUUUCUUCGGUACUUUGUAACCUGAAGAAAAAGACUACUUUUCACGUGAUAGUUAAUACAAACAAUAACGAUAAAUCUAAAAUCUUUGUAUAUAAGAUUAAUAUAUAUAUAUAGCGAUAUAUCGAAAAAUCAUUAAAUAUCUAAUAAUCUUCUGUUAAAUAAUAAAUAACAGAUCGGCCGAAAAUUAACAAAAAAAAUAGCGCAAUAAAAAAAGACUGUGAGUGUAAGUAACAUUUUUGCAGACAAAAUUCAGUUUUUAACCUUCAUCUCCGUCCUGCUCGACAACAUUCUCGUUUUUUCUUUUACAAAAUUGCUUAUCACAUUCGGUUAAAUCAUCUAAAACAUAUCGUCACAUUUACAAGACAAAGAAAUUGUAAAAAGAUUGAUAAUGUAGUGAUAAUAUAUAUAAGAAGAUUGUUCGAUCUGUUCAUAUCACAGAUACUUUCAGUACCUGUUGAAACCAACUAUUGUAAUGCUGGUACAUUGAAAACGUGUAAAUUCAACGUGUUUUUGAAAACAAAUAAUAGAAACCAUAAAGAUGUUCUGUGAUUUCACAUAUUGUAUCGCAUGUAGAUACAUAUACAUUUUGUAUAGAAAAUUUUUUAUAUAUUGAUAAUUAUUAAAAAUGAAAAUAUGGAGUUACACUUCGACUUUUUGUAGAUCUCAAAUUCUGCACAAUGAA